GAUACGGACAUCGAAUCGGGGAAUCUGUGCAAACAGAUCAAUCCAUAUUUUGUCAUUUUUUUACAUAGUCAUUAAAGUAAAACCCCACAAAUAUCAGGCAGUAUCUGUCAUUGAAGAUCAUACAUUAAAAACAGGAAUUUUAACAAAGACAGGACUUCAACAAUUUAUAGAUUAUCAGAGAGGUAUCUACAAAAACUAGGAUGUCAAGCGGUGAUCCAGGCCAGAUGAACAAUCAGGGGGGCUUCUAUGGUCAGGGUCCUCCUCAAGAUCUUGGAUUUUAUAACCAGGCUCCAGGUGGCAGCGGCCAGGAAUGGUUCAACCAACAUCCUGGUGGGGGUCAGCCUGUGUUUUUGAAUCCCGCUGAUUACCAUAAGCCACAACCAGCUAUUUACCAACCCACCAAUCCCGGCGAGCCACCACCAGCCCCAGGUAACAUCGUGCCAGAGGGACAGCAGCUUGCCAACAAAGGCUACGCAGUUCCCCAUGAACCCCAGCAGGCAUAUGGGCAACCCUUUUUCGGUGAAGGACAGUACCCGGCCAACCAGUGGAACAGUGUCCAGCAGAAUAACGGGGUCCCGCCGCAGCAGCAGUUAAGUCAACCACUGAAUGGAACUAACCACAUGGACCCUGUGGGUGACAAUCCCCAUCCCUGGAACCCAACCCAAGUUCCUGGGCAGCAACAGUUUACAGACUACAACCAGGCCCCGACCACAGAAAUCCACAGUGGCCCGUACCAAUCGUUUGAAUACAGCAACCAGCAGCAGCAACAACAAGUUGGGCAGUCCAGUUUAAAUUAUGGAGAGUGUGCAUACAGUGAUGAUAAUGAUUCCCAUAAAGGCUUUGGCUCCUUCUUCCACGGUGAUGACUCUGAUGUGUUAGCGUCUAGCGGAACACCAAGUUUGUCUGCAAGUGAACGACAAACCCCAGAUCAUGCCCUUGAUCCUACCGUAGCUGGUGACCCCAGCCAGUCUAUACCACCACAUUCCAGCAUAGGUCAGUCCCAAGUCAAAGGCCCUGUUCAAGAAGGAACCCUUGUUGACCAGCAGCACCACGGUCAGCCAGGUGGGGAUCCUCCACAAUUUCCUGUUAAUCAACAAGAACCAGUUACUCAUCCAGCUACCCAACCCCCAACUUCCCAUCCUUCAGAUGCCAUGUUCAGUCAAGAGCACCAUAAUGAUCAAGUUACUGUGAUAAACCCUGACAAGAGGACUCCCGCGGGGUAUGAAAUAGCCCACAGUGCUAACCAAAUUGACGCCCAGACCGUGAACCAUGCAUUUACUCAACCAAGUCAGAAUCAAGCAGACGGAAGUAAUGUUGUUGGAGGUAUGCCUUUAGACCCUGCCGUUAGACAACCACAGCAGAUAGGGGUACCCACAGACCAGCCAAACGUCAACUUUGAAGGAAUAAGAAAUGAUAAUGCUUUCAUGCCAAGUCCAUUGGUAUCUUCUCAAGGGAGUUAUCCAUCAGCCAUUGCUGAUAAUGCAGCACCUGAAAAGACGGAUCAACCUGUAUUAGCAGUGAGCCCCUCACUUGCAGAUGACCAAAUGAGCAGUCGUAGUCAGGGAAGCUCGCUACAUGGCGGGUCGGUCAGUUCCCAGUCCCAACCUCCGUCAACAUCAACCAGCAGAAGCAACUCGAUGUUGGGCGACCAACCUGGCAGUGGCCAUCCCUCCCUCAGCCCGGUCUUACGAGAUGCCAGUUUGGGUUCAGUUAGUCCCAGGGGUGGAGACGAUUCUCCGGUCGUGCUGCAGGGCUCACAGGGCCAAGUUUCAGCUCAUCAGCAGGUGGAACAAAGUGAAUGCAGCGGUGUGAAAGCUUUUUCGGAUGCUCUUGAUUCGGCUGCCGUCGAACAAACUUGCUCAAACCAGAACAGGGAAAGGGUGGAGUCGGACCUGUCUCCCCAGAGCAGCUCUGUAGCACCUGUGAACCAAGAGGUCCAACAGGAUGCUCCAAACACUGUGACACGGGAUCCUGAAAAUGUACAACAGCCAGAACAAUCAUCCUAUCAGGCAAUAUUGCCCGACCCAAACUUGGGACUUGGAUCUCAAUUUCAGCAAGAAAGUGGGCCAGUAAUUGAAGAAAUGCCAUUUGAGCCAGGACAAAAUGUGCCACCUGUUUCUCCAGCAGUCUGUCCUACCUCACUUCCCAGUGCAACAAAUGUGACACCUUAUAAUCAACUAGAGGCAUCAGUUCAGGCCGGUACAAAACAGUCUCUGCCCCCAGUUCCUCCUGGAUCCGCUUUAUUACCUCCAACAGGUCAGCUGAAGCUCCAAGCCUUCCAGGCACAGAGAGCUGUUCCCCAGGGCCCCAAGGAACUCAGCCCUACUGACGAGAAGUCUCCAAGUACUCAUCCGAGUGCAUUUCGCAGCGUUCAGCGUGGCCAGCCAGCCCAGCUCACCUCUGUGAAUCCGUCGCCCCCUCUUUGGUCAGCAGAGGUUCCCCCAAUGCCAGCCAACAUCCUUCUGGCACCUGCUGCCCCACCCACAGCAAGUCUUGUCCCGCCGAUAAGACUUGCCACCCCACACGACCAGACAUCCACAAACUUAGCAGCAAGCGUUGCAUCUGUCAGCGUACCUUCUUUACCAGCAGAGGCAGUGCCGCUACUUACUCAGCCCACAGUAAACUCAACUCUGCCAAAUCCCAGUCAACCCACUCCAACAUCAACCUCAAACCCAAGCCAGCCCAGCGUGUCCUCCCAGACCUCUUCUGGCUCAGUGCAAACGUCGGAUGUCAGCCAGGUCACACAGACCAUGGGCAACCUAAACUUGGACCCCGCUCAGAACCCUCUGCCCACCCAGCCCAUUCCGCCAGUGCCGGUACAGCCAACUCUGCAAGCGUCUUCCUCCGCACCUGUUGCUAAUAAAGCCCCAGAGACUGUGUCACUGGCGGCGUCAGUCCCUACUCUCGCCCCACCAGCAGCUGCCAGUGUUGCUCCUGUGGGCAGUGUAUCUAGUGCCCCAAGUAACAUUCAACCUACACAGUCGACACUGGCUGCUACUGGGGUUCCACAGACUGGCCCAGUUCAGAACCAGGCUGCUGCAUCUCAGCAGCUCCAACAACUGUCUGCUAGUGUCGAAAAUCAGCAGCAACUGCCGCAGAACCAGACAGUGGCUAGCCAGCAGGCACAGCAGCCACUUCCAAGUGUUGAAAGUCAGCAGCAGUUGCAGCAGCAGCAGCAGCAACAACAACAACCAUCAUUUCAGCUGCAAGACCAAGUGUAUGGGCAACCUCAAAACCACCCAGGACAAUUCCAACAGCAGGGACCCCCAGCUGGCAAUCAGUGGUAUGACCGUCGAUCUGCCGACCCGUACUAUGACAGGCAGUACUACGACCAGCGGUAUCCUUACGAUUACCGUAGCCAGCAGUAUGAUUACUACGCCAGGCAGGCUGCAUGGGAUAGGCAUCGGGCCUAUGGGUACAGAGGAUCAGGAUAUGAUGCCAACAGGUCCUAUUCGAGACAAGGAUACAACAAUCCCGAGCGGCCCCGAUCGAGGCAGGGAUACUCUGAUCGGGAUCGGGAGAGACCAAGGUCUCGACAGGGCUACCAAGACCAAUCCAAGCAGGAAACGUACCCUGAUCAAGAAGACAGACAGAGGCCCCGAUCGAGGCAGGAGAAAGGCUAUGGUGCUGAUGCCUACCACAGAAGCUAUGACAGGAGGGACUCAAGGGAUUACUACAGAGGUUAUGAUGCCUAUGGCAGACCGUACGACAGACAGGCCCAGGAAUACUGGGCCAAACAAGGUUACUACGGCAACCGCAGUUACGACGAGCGCUACAAGAACUGGGAACAGCAGAAACAGUAUUACCGCGAUCGUGCGGACGAAAGCCAGAGGCAAAACACCAGUGCCCCAGAGCAGCGCUGGUCAUCAACGGAAUCACAGACUGGUAGGGAAGGCUACCAAGGCAGCCAAGGUGACUCGAGGUUUGCGUCGGAGUUUCACCACCAGGGCGGAGGCACGCCAGAGAGGUACAGUGCCGACCAGAGCAGCAUCUAUGCCCAGGAGUACACUAACCAGAAUGCCAGCAGCAGCAUGGCAUACCAAGGCCAGUAUGGGAGUACAUAUGGGUACGGAGACAGCACAGAUGGAAUGUACCAGGAGGUUAAGCAAGUCACCCCUCCACCCCCAGAGCGGCUGACCCCAGCCAAGUUUGCCCUGCCCCAUGUCGUAGCGCGGUUCAGCCCUGGGGGCCACCUGGUCAAGGUCCUGCCGAACAUGCCCCAAGACGGAAUGCCAGCCACGGUGGAAGUACACAGCAUAGAGACCAUGCUGGAACACACUGCAGAGGCAGAGGAGUUGAGAGCCUUCCCAGGACCACUCAUUAAAGGAGAGACCCACAAAAGCGACGUCAUCGGCUUCUGUCACCGGAAAUCAUUGAUGUGUAAGAACAGCACGGACAUGGUGGACAGGGAGUCGGCCAGCCUGCUGUGGGACCUCAUGGAGCUGGCGUGCCGUCAAAACGGGAAUAUCAUGGAGUCUGACGUCUCUGAACUGCUCCUGAAAAAUCACCCCAUGGUGUCCUCGUCUUCAUCUGAGACCCCAGCACCUCCGGCAGGAGAUGGGGUAGCUGGAGAGGAGACUAAUUCUGAAGCUCAGAGGACAGAGGUCAUGACCAAGAGAAAGCCUCAACUGAGAGAUGUGGAGAGUGAUACUAAUAAAUUCCGCGAGCUGCUUCUUUUCGGUCGUAAAAAGGACGCCUUGGAGGCUGCAAUGAAGGCGGGUCUCUGGGGCCAUGCCCUCCUCCUUGCCUGCAAGAUGGACAGUAGAACCCACACGAGCGUCAUGACAAGAUUUGCCAACAGUCUACCCAUGAAUGAUCCACUUCAGACCCUGUAUCAGCUCAUGUCAGACAGGCAACCAGCCGCUGUCACCAGUUGCGCGGAUGAGAAGUGGGGUGACUGGAGACCUCAUCUGGCCAUGAUCCUGUCCAACCUCAGCCAGGACUCAGAACUGGACCUCAAGAGCAUCGUCACACUGGGAGAUUCUCUCGCUUCCCGGGGUCUGCUGAAGGCGGCUCAUUUUGUGUACCUGAUGGCCCAGGUGGGGUUCGGUGUCUACAGCAAGAAGACAACCAAGAUGGUGCUGCUGGGUGCUAGUCACAGUCUUCCCUUCAAAUCGUUUGCCCUGAAUGAGUGCAUACAGCAGACGGAGAUCUACGAGUACGCGCAGCUGCUGUUCAAUAAACAGUACACCAUCCCAAAUUACCAACCCUACAAGUUCAUCUACGCUACUCGGUUGGCUGAGCAUGGGUUCACCGCACAGGCUGUGAGUUACUGUGAAGAGGUGGCCAAAGCUGUGGUGUACAUGCCCAGUCUCUACAGCCCCACACUAGUCAGCCAAAUCUCUCAGCUUGCCAAUCGCCUGAUCUACCACGAUGAUCGAUACUCUGAUGGCCUACAGACUGCUGCUCCUGAUUGGCUGAACAGACUGCAAGACAUAUUCAACCAAAUGAAUGAUGGUCAGAUUCUACCUUCUUCCUCAUCUGGUACCCCGAUGCCUUGGGUAGAGUCCUACAGUAACCUCAGUGCUGUGGACAGCAGCAGUGUGGACAGCGGUGGGCCUACCUUUGAAGUGCCCAGCACGGAAGGCAAAGAAGCUCAAGCCGCAGUUGGUGACUACACUCUGACUGCAAGUGGCUACUAUCAGCCGGCAGCAUCAGCUACGGGCUCCACAAAUGACGGCACUCAGAAUCAGCUUGGCGCAUGCAGCUAUGACCAACAGCAGCAGCUACCUCAGGAGAGUGCAACUCCCAUGGCGGCGCAGUACCCAGAGAGCUACACGACGUUUGGUCAGCGGCACCAGCCGCUCUCAUCGCUCCCCCAGGGCCUGGACCCGGGAGCCUCACUGACCAGCAACUUCUCGGAGUACAGCGUGACCAGCCUGACCAGCGCUACCUCGGCCGGGGAGUCGGGCACAGAGUUCGAGGAGAGUGGAGCGUCCAAGGCAUCGUUUGGCUACUAUGCUCCCGGGCCAAGAAGCGGCUCAUUCAGUCAGACUCAGUACAGUUCAACGCAGGCUGGCAAUCCACCCUCGCCAGCUGACACCUUGACUCCCCCAGCGACACCGGGUGGAAGGGUCCGCACCUAUUCCACGGACUCUACCAAACCUCCCCAGAGGGAGGAGAAGACAGCGACAGUUGCAGAGCCAAAGCUUGAGGCCAAGGAAAAGCCAAAGGAGAAGCCCAAAGCGAAACAGGGUGGAGGCCGGGGAUGGUUCGGCGGGUUCUUCAGCAAAGUGGUUGGGCGGAGCAACCAGGUGCACCUCCCUGAUGAUAGCAGCAAGUCUAUCCAGUGGGAUGAGAAGAAGAGGAAAUGGGUAGAUGUGAACGCCGACGAGGAAGAAAGUGAAGCAGCCCCUGCAGCCCCACCUACAUUCCGCGAGCUCCAGUCGUCUGCAACACAGCCCCCUAACCCUCAGGGCGAAGGGAAUGCCAAGGGACCAUCUGGCCCUCCCGCCUCAGGAGACAACAAAUUUAGGAGACCGGCCAAACGGAACUAUGUAGACGUGCUUCAAAGCAGUGCUAAGCCAGCGACGAUCUCCUCAGCCCAGGCACCAAGCAGCCUGUUCCAAACCCUGCCCUCUGGACCUUCGGCUACCAACAUGAACUUCUUUGUCCCUGCACCUGUCGCAGAUGAUGCGAGUGGUUCCAUCCAGCAGGCACAAAUUGCCAACCCCUCAUCUCGCUCGCAGACACCAGCCAGCCCAGCAUCACAUGGGGAUCAGUCAGGCAUGCAGCAACAGCAACAGCAGCAACAACAGCAGCAGCAGCAGCAGCAGUUCUUCAAUCCAAACACCUUUGGCAAUAAUGCAAAUGCCAGCAUCAGUGCACAAGCAGAUCAACAACAGUAUCAGCAGCAAGGGCCAUCAAUGCACCAAGCUGGCAAUACCCAGCCUGCCCAGUCUCAACAAGAGGUGAAUUUGUCUCGAUCUAGUUCCAUGAGCUCCCUGUCCUAUGAGGUCAGCCAACAUAUGCAAGAAAAGAGAAGAUGGAGGGAAUAUCGCUUUGAGGAGCCUGCUGCUGGUCAGCCAGCCAGGUCCAGUCAAGCCCAGCCACCAUCCAGCCAACCCCCAGCAACGGGACCCAUGUUCUUCAACCCUAAGGACAUGCCUGGUCAGAUACCUACCAUGCCGCCUGCUGGGGGUCCGACCAGGAGUGCAGGGUUGGGCUCAUCGGGGAGGCGGGGCUACGGCACCAGAAGGCAGUACCCCACACAAAGGUAGAACAUGGUGCUCCAGCCCUGAUUGGAACCGAAGAAAUCACAAACAAGGAGAAGCUUGGAUUAGCAUGUUCUGUCCAGUGGAACUAUGAAGGUUUUCACAACUACUCACUGCUCUAUCCAUGUUUUCUUAUGACAGCCAAUAUCUGUCAGAGAACUCUCUGAAGGAAAAAAGAUGCCACAAGCAAGGAUAGAUCCAGAACUAAAUUUUUUUUUUGGGGGGGGGUUGGGUCAGAAAUUUGAAUUUUGUCAUUUUGCCUUUAAUGGCCUUUCUGCAUGGGGGCUGAGGCAUGAUUUUGAUGUUAUUCGCACACUUUUUUCAAGUAAUGGAACUGAAAUGGACUGAAACUUUGGUUUUCAUAAAUUAAAAAAAGGGACCUUGGCCCAUCAAUGCCACAGAAAUUCUGUCCAAUAUGAGCUCAGAGGUUGCCUACACAUUGGGAUAGGGUUGUGGUUACAAGGGAACAUUGGGUUUAGGUAUCUGCAAGCACAGGGCGAGCCAUGUACUGGUAAUGAUUUAAUUACAUGACCACCUUGUAAUCUGUAACAGUGGUUCUUACGGUGAAAUCUUUCCUGAUGCAGGUAAACAUUUAUUGUCUACGUUUAAUACUUCAGUGAUCUGGCAUUACAAAAAUUUAGGAGUUUUGAAAUAAUCAUUUAUGAGUUGUGAAGUUUGUCUUCCUUUUGUCUCAGAAAAUCAACAAAGGGAAUUGCCAUUAGUGGAAGAAAACGGUGAAUGGGUAAAGUGAAUGAGACUAGUCCAUGUAGAUUCAAGUUUGUCUUGAAAAUGUCUUUAAAAAAUCUAUUUAACAUAGUUUGGAUUGUCAAAUUUGGGAAUUUAAAAUUGACAACUGGAUCGUGAUAACAAAUAGCAAAAAAGCGAACCCCUUUUGUCAAAUGCUAUGAUCUUUUCAUCUUUGGAAUAUUUAUUGAAAUGGCUGAAUGUGAGAGCCCCAAAUUGUCGCUUCUGCCAGUUUCUGUGUCUUUUUGUGUCUUGUAGAUUUGUAGGUAGUAGUCUAUUUUAUUAAAUUUUCGUUUCAAUUUCGUUUCUGGGGGAGCUGUUAAUUGUGUAAAUUUCACAAAGGGGUUCUGCUGAACUGCAGAGGAAAAGAACAUGACAAGUGAUAUGCUAGUAUGCCUAAUCCUUACCAUAUUUCCCCCCAAAGAAAAAAUUCCCCUUCAAUAAGUACAAUUUUAUGGUUGUGACUAGAGUAUUAAAGGAAAUGUACAAAUAUUGAUGCAGAUUCAGACAUGUUUAUUUUAUCUAUUCUGUUUAAUUUCCAAAGUAAGAGAAUAUUGUAGUGCGCUGGUGUAAAUAGUAAAGAUUUGAUUUUAAUGUGGGAAAAAGUUUGGGCCGAGCCUCAUCUGUUGUGACCUCACAUUCAUUCUGAGCAUACUCUGCUGUUGCAUAAAAGUUCUGAGAAGGUAUAUCAAUGUGAGUGUUAAAGGAAUUUGGGAAACUACAAGCUAUUUCAGUCCUGCAAAUAUUGAGUUUUAGGAAUGUCUACACUUAAAAGUCUGCACUUCACAUAUCUUUGUGAGGUAUUUCAAAAGGAUUUUGGAACUUGGAAUGGUGCAGUCAAUUUGGAAAAACACGUUGGAUAAAAAUAAAUGUACUAAGACAUGCAUAUAUCUUCUUUCCUUGAUUAUAUAACUUCCUUCAUGUUUUCUCUCAUAUGUAGCGUCCCAUAUACAGUGAAAUACCUUGUGGUGUAGAACACUGUUACCCGAAAUCCCUUGAUAAAAUCUCAGAUUAACGAAAACAAUACAGUUUUAUUGUGACUAUAAAGGAAGACUGCUUGUAAUUAGUCAUGAAGUAGGAAUGGUUGAUGUUGGACUGUUGUCUUACUUGUGGAGAGGUUAUUGGAUAGAACAGUGCAAUGAUUAUUUUUAAGUUGCAUUUGUGUUAUGUUCUGAAUUAUUGAUCAUCUGUUUGUUCUGGAUAUUGUUUUUCGGCAGAUAAAAGUGUUUUGGGAAAGGGAUUAUUUUGUUCUUUUCUGGGAAGUUGAAUGAUGCCAUGAUUACUCUAUAGAUACUAAUUAUAUUUUAUGUUACACUGCUGAAUCUCUUAUGAAAUAAAACAAAAGCCUGUAUUUUC